UUUUAAAUUAAAUUCGGUCUUAUCCAUCAUCCCGUUGAUAAAUAUUAAAAUCUGGUUUCAUGAGACUUCCACAAUUUCAUUCUUUGGACCGUGUAGAAGCUUCGAUCGGAGCCAAGACGACAUGAGUGACGGUCCUAAAUAUGCAAAUGUCAUUUCUUACGUCACAAAUUUUUACGAGUCACCAUUUUUUUUGGAACCUUCCUUCAGUAUUUUCCGACGGAAUGACUGACACCCAAUCACAUGUCUGAAUUACGAAAUUCCAAGGAAAUAAACUCCAACUAUGGACCCCACUCUCAGUUUCUUCCUUUCUCCUUCCUCUCUCUUUUAACCCACCCCCACUUCCUUCGCUCUCUCAUCCCUCCAAAUGGUCCUUCUCUCGCCAUGUCGUACGCCGCCAAGCAUGGAAUCAUGUCUCUUCUUGUCUUCUUCUUGCUCCUCCUCUCUCCGCCUCCUUCCGCCGCCCAACCCACCGACCCAAACGACGAGCUUUACCCUUCCAUGCGUUUUAGCCCUUCCAUGGCCAUAAUCGUUGUCGUUUUGAUAGCUGCUUUGUUCUUUAUGGGUAUUUUCGCAAUUUACAUUCGGAGCUGCUCCUCAGUCAACUCCAAUGGAAGCAGCGUCAUCCCUUUCACCGGCGGAUUCAUCCUUUCGAGUCGUGGGACCCGUGGACUCGAGGCGUCGGUGAUCGAGACUUUCCCCACCAUGGUUUACUCCGAAGUUAAGGUUCAUAAGAUCGGCAAUGGAGCUCUGGAGUGCGCGGUUUGUUUAAAUGAAUUUCAAGACGACGAAACGCUGCGUUUAAUACCCAAAUGCGACCACGUUUUUCACCCUGAAUGUAUCGACAUUUGGUUGGCUUCUCAUACUACUUGCCCCGUUUGUAGAGCUAAUCUCACUCCUCAACCAGGUGAUCCUGUGAGUCAACUCACUGAGUUCAAUAACAACGCCACCGAGUUGGACGUAGAGGGUCAGAACAACGGCGUUGACUCGGAAAGUCAAGAAGAAAGAAGAAACAAUAAUAAUGUUAACUGUGACGUGGACGCUCGCGAUGGUCCGGCGGUUGAUGUAAUUGAUUUGAAUCGAACUUUAAAUAGGAAUCGUACACGUGGAUCAAGAUCUAACCGUACACGCAAACUCUCUUUCACACGGUCUCAAUCAACGGGACAUUCUUUGGUCCAGCCAGGUGAGAACACGGACCGUUUCACUUUGCGGUUACCAGAUGAGGUUCGGAAGCAGUUAAUGAACCGGAAAUUGAACCGAGCAACAAGCUUGGUGAUAUUGCCUAGAGAAAGGAGUUCACGAAGGGGAUACCGAGCCGAGGAAGAUGGGGGGAGCAAUAGAGGGAAGUCCCUUGGGCAGCUCGAGAAGUCGGACCGGAGAGUUAAGUCCGACCGGUGGGUGUUUAGUAUGACACGGUCAUUUUUUAGUAGAGCAUCUUCCAUGAAGUCACCAAAGGUGGCGGCAAAUGAUGGUGAAGGGACCUCAUCAAGUUUGCCGGUUGGACCGGUGGGUGACUCAAGCCGCCUUCCGGUUUAGUGGCUCUUGAAUUUUUUUUUUUUUCAACAAUUUAACCAAAUUUUCGAUCUAGGCUUCCGAUUUUAUGAUUGAACCGAUGUGGGAUCAUAAAAGCUAAGGCAUUUUUGUAAAUAUGUAAUCAAAGAAACGUUUUUUUCCUAUUAACAUUUGGUUUCUUGAUUUUAAUUUGGUCUUGAGGCCAAUGUGUGCUAGAAUCUUAAAAUUCGGGUUUUCAAUCCUUUUUAUUCAAUUCAGAAUGAAAUCAAAUUCAAUCUUAAAUUGAACUGAACAAAAUUUCAAAUUUGAUCAAAAUUUACCAUUUUUAUUAGGAA